UUGUGAGGUGCUGUUACCUGUCGCCGGCUGCCUCCAUAUUGCCCUCGGGCUCCGGUGCCCUCAUCCCUGUAUCAUGAAACGUCCCUUUGAUCCCCUGCGUACCUGGGGUGCUGGUUGCUGUGCCCGUGUCACUGCAGGAGCUGUGUGUGGGUGGCAGAGCCUUUAUUUAUUUAUUUCUAACGUAGUAAAGAUGAGCAAAGAUACAAAGAAGGGUAUAAAAUGCGCUGCAAGCCAUGUACUGUGAGCUGGAAGAGUGAAUGUCCGAGUGGAAGCUGACAGAAACAGUCUGCCAUCCGCUGCCACAUUUCAUCUGCUGGCAAACAUCAACUCCUGGCUGUUUUUAAAGGAAGAAGAUUGACGUAGGCCCAGAUGAAGAACUCUUUCGAUCUUAUUUGGAGGACCAAAUACACUUUUCCAGGCCAUUGGAGAGGAAAGAUUACUUGCAUGUUUUUGUCCUUGAAGUGUCUUGAAGCUGUGUACUUAAUAUUGCUUUGUGUUAAGGACAGAUGCUAAUUUCUUAAAGACAGCAUGUCAACGGUAGCAAGUACUCAGACACUGGAGGAACCUAAUCCUCCCCUCCUUGAAGAAAAGCCAAAGGAAAAAACAUUAUUUCAGUUGAGCUCAUUCUUUGCUAACAGGACUGAAAAAUUUGUAAUUGCUAGAAGUGAUAGUGUCCCAGAGGAGAAUGUCCUGAAGAUAACUAUCACAGAGACUACAGUCAUUGAAUCAGACUUGGGAAUCUGGAAUUCUCAUGCUCUCAUCUACCUCACUUUGUGGUUUUUCUUCAGCUUUUGCACUCUUUUUCUUAACAAAUAUAUCCUCUCAUUAUUGGAAGGAGAACCCAGCAUGCUAGGUGCUGUUCAAAUGCUUUCAACCACCUUCAUUGGCUGUAUUAAAAUGUUUGUUCCAUGCUGUUUGUACCAGCACAAAACACGCAUCUCGUAUCCACCAAAUUUCAUUAUGAUAAUGCUGUUUGUUGGAUUAAUGAGAUUUGCAACAGUAGUUUUGGGGCUUGUCAGCUUGAAAAAUGUGGCAGUUUCAUUUGCAGAAACAGUUAAAAGCUCUGCACCUAUUUUUACUGUCAUUAUGUCUCGAAUGAUAUUGGGGGAAUACACUGGAUUGCUGGUUAAUCUCUCCCUUAUCCCUGUUAUGGGCGGGCUAGCUCUGUGUACAGCUACUGAAAUCAGUUUCAACAUUCUGGGGUUCUCAGCAGCUUUGUCUACUAAUAUCAUGGACUGUUUGCAAAAUGUCUUUUCAAAAAAACUGCUCAGUGGAGAUAAGUACAGAUUUUCAGCCCCAGAGCUUCAGUUCUAUACCAGUGCUGCUGCAGUGGUUAUGCUUAUUCCAGCAUGGAUUUUUUUUAUGGAUGUGCCCGUAAUUGGGAAAAGUGGAAGGAGCUUCAGCUACAAUCAAGAUGUCAUUGUACUUCUCUUAAUAGAUGGAGUCUUAUUCCACCUGCAAAGUGUUACAGCGUAUGCCUUGAUGGGAAAAAUUUCUCCUGUGACUUUCAGUGUUGCCAGUACUGUGAAGCAUGCACUGUCAAUCUGGCUAAGUAUUAUUGUGUUUGGUAACAAAAUCACCAGCCUCUCAGCCAUUGGGACUGUUUUAGUGACAAUUGGAGUCCUGCUAUAUAACAAGGCAAAGCAGCAUCAGCAAGAAACCAUACACAGCCUGGCAGCUGCGGCUCCACAACCAGCAGAAAGUACGACAGAAGAUACUGAACCACUAAUUUCCAAGGAUUUGAAACCAUAUGAUUGAUAUGGUCAUUUAUUCUUCCAAAAUAGAGUAACUCAAAGGAUCUCUCUGAAAGUGGUUAUUUCCUCAGCAGUUGUGAAUGAUUUGGAUUUGGGUCCACAGCAAGUCAAGAUGGGGUCUUGAAACAGAGGAAACAAUGGGAAGAAUCUAGUAAGUUGAUUUACCGAGGAACUGAUAUACUGAACCCUGGGACUUAGUGUCAUAUAAUGUGAUAACUACAGUUUUGUAAUCUUUUCUUGACUGAAAUAAUAUACAAGCCUAUACUGCAAAAGAUUUUCAGUGAUUUGUUGGAAAUUGAUUCCUUUCUCCACCAAAAUAACAGGGGAACAUGUUCGCUUCAUUCUGCUUGCUUGGUGUGGAAUGAAUUGGUCCUUAACUGACAUUUCCGAUUGCUUAUGACAGUACUAUGUCCUCUAUCAUGUGUUUGUGUUAUAAAACUGGAAGGAAGAGGCCCCUCUCCCAAUAAAUGAUUUUGGUGUACAAGUAAACUAUGAAAAUGAUUYCAUGCCCCCAAGUAAGGAUGAGCUAUUUCUGACUACAAAGCUAGCAAGGAAAAGCAAUUUUUUUUUUUCUCCAAGAAAAUGUUGUAGCUGAGCUGGGUGAAUAUUGAAAUGAAAAUAUAUAAAUAUAUACAUGUUAUUAUAAAACAGAGGGAUUAAAUAAGUAUUUUGAAUUGCUCACAGGUAAAAACCACUGAAUCUAUGGUGAUAAAGGAGGCAGAAGAUUUUUUUUUUUCUUAUAAGAGUGCAACAAAAAAAAAUACUGCGUUGUAGAAACUCAGGGUUACAAGUCUGUAACAGUUAUAACAAGCUUAAUUGUAAUAAUUACCUCUCUUCUGAAAAACAAUAGGUUGCUGUUAUAGACAUGGAUAAAAUGGUCUUUUAUUUUAUAUUUUAUAGUAGGAAGAUAGAAGUGGAGCUCCUGCAAAAGUUAAGCACCCGCUUACAUUUCCAAUGUAAUUCCAUUAGCUUUAGUGGACUUUCCCUGAGGAAGUCAAAAAUUGUUCCUAAGUUUGGAUGUCUGAAGAAGGCUUUCUUCUGAUUCUGUUUGAUUAGCCUGUGUUUAUUUCUGUUGUAUUAUGUUUACUUACGGUCACAGUGUAAGAUUUGCCUGGGUCUAUACCUUAAAGAUUCAUAUGUGGAAAAUUGCAACUUCUUUUUAUCACUGUAAACAUUGAUGUUUGAUUUGCUUUGUCAUUACUAAUAUUAUUUGCAAAAUGCUGUGGACUACGAGGCAAGUUCUGUUCUUUUUUGGUAGAUACAGAUUUAAUAAUCUCCGUAGAUUUGGUGGAUACCAAAGUCUAUUUUGCAUUGCAUUUCUUCUUUUUGGGGAAAGCGGAAAGCUAAGUAUCUUUCUAGUGGUCUAGCUCAGUUUUCCUGCAAUCUCCUCCACUUUGGAAGAUAGCAGUUUUUUGCCUUUCCUGUUACUGGAAGAAUUGCAAACCCGUACAUCUGGGAGGAUUUUGCAGCUUGUAAUUUCUAACAUAUUGGAGUUUCUUGGUGACUGGCUUAGCUCUACCUGCUCUUUGGUGGAGAGGAUGAGCAGGAUAAUUCAGUUUGGUGGGAAGGGGUUGUUUUCUUUCCAGGGUUUUUUCCUGUUAUGUACUUUUAUGUGCACUCGUCUUGGCCUUUAUUUUUAUUAGGCUAAACAAAGAAAGCUUUUUUUACUAUCCACUUAUAAGAACGGCUUUCUUCCUUUUCCUUAAUGUACUGCUUUAAAUUUUUGCAUAAAAGAUAGCAUUUGCUGUAUUUGCUACCUUUAUUGUAUUUAUUCUGUAUACAUCAUCUGUUAAAACAAAGGGAGUUGACAGCCCUGCACGAAAGCUUUUGGAUUCUGAGCAUUGCUUGGGUUGAAAGGCAGACUUUUGAGGUGUUUAAAACUUCAAAAACGGUUCUCCAAAUAGUUUUCCUUUUGGAAAACAUGGAAAACUUCACAUUUCCAAAAUCAAAAAUGUAUCCGCUUAUUAGCGGAAGGAUGUUCUCGGUAUUUAUGCAUGGUGUUCUGCCACCAGAAUGGAUAUACAGCUCUUUUUUUCUGGGUUUUCAUAUGGAUUUCAGUGUAUAAAUACAAAUUAAUUAAAUAUGACUACUAGUAGUAGUAAGCCAAAGUACUGCAAGUUUAACAUAGAGCAACAUUAGGCAUGUAAUAUUUUAGUAUAUAGUUUCUGAAGAGGGGGUAUUUCACAAAGGCAAAAGUUCUGUUUCUUACUCCCUUCCCUUGAGCUGAAAUGAUACAAGUGCUUAUUGAAGAAAACGCACAAUUUUUGGAAAUGUAAAAUAUUACUUGUUGCAGUUGACAUCUCCAAAAUGACAGAUUUCCUAAAAAGAUGAGUAAUGAAAUAACUCUAGUACAGUAAGUGCCCUGUGCACUUUCUGUGUUUUAACAUCUCUCCGUGGUGAAGUAAUUUAACCAUGUAAGUGUUUACUUUUAUCUGCCUGUAUUCUUGAUUGCUGUUUCUAUAAAAUUUUUAAGAAUGGCCCUUCUCACACUGAAUUCAUGCGCAUACACCUUCAUUAUGUAUUAGUUC